GAGGACUCCAACUCUUGACACGCGCUCGCUUCGCGUUAGCCCUGUUCCUUCAGUACUAGUAGCGAGGGAUUUAUUGUGCACUCAGCCAGGAGCUAAGUGGGCAGUACUUGUAGGAGUUGGCGGGCUCUGUUGCUUCUCCAGACCGAGCGAGCCGGGAUCUGGAGAAGCCAGAAUUGGAGCCUCAGGCCGCACCUCAGUGGUGCCGAGAAGGCGGGUUGGGGAGGGGUUGUCAGAUCCUAAGAAGCGUCUGUAAUGAGCGGCGGUUUGGAAAUACGGACCCGAGGUUUAGUAAGAGCUAGGCCGCGCCAAUGACGGAAGAGGGUGAACUUGUCUGAAGAUUUCCCUUCUCGCCUCUGUUGCGUCCUCCUAGGCCCCCGAGUUGACCCCCAUCUAGCUGGCGGGUCGGGGCGGAACACUUACCUGCUUGCUGGCGCCCUACUCGGUCGUUCUUUGGGAAACUGAAAUGACGAAGACAUGGCCUGCCUCAGAGGUGUGACUGGAAAGCCAGUGUUAGUUCAUGAAGUUUUACCAUCUAAGUAAUCAAAAAUGGAAAAUUCUGUAAAAGCAGAGUGUGAAAAGAUCUCUCUUGAAGAAGCAAAAGCAUCAACAGAUUCGGAAACAGAGUCUUCAUUCAGUAUUAAUGAAAACACAACCACUCCUGGGACUGGGCCCUCUGAAAAGGCUCCUAUCUGUGGACACGUAGACACACCAAAAAAGAGAAAAAUGGAAUUUGAAGAUGAUAUUGUAAAGGAAAGUUCUAGUUGUGGGGAAGACACUCCAACCAAGAAAAGAAAACUUGAUGCUGAAAUUGUUCCAGAGGAAAAAGGUUUUGGUGAUGAUGAAGGCAUUUCAAGGAAAAGAAGAAUGGAAACUGAUGAUUUUCCAAAAGAUGAACCUUCUACUGGAGAUGGCACACAGAAAAAGAGAAAAAUAGAACUUGAGGAUGUUCCUGAAAAGCAAAAAAACUUAGAAGAGGGACACAGUUCAGCAGUGGCUGCCCACUACAAUGAACUUCAGGAAGUUGGUUUGGAGAAGCGUAGCCAAAGUCGUAUUUUUUACCUCAGAAACUUUAAUAAUUGGAUGAAAAGCGUCCUCAUUGGGGAAUUUUUAGAAAAGGUACGACAGAAAAAAAAACGUGAUAUCACUGUUUUGGACCUGGGAUGUGGCAAAGGUGGAGAUUUGCUCAAGUGGAAAAAGGGAAGAAUUAAUAAGCUAGUUUGUACAGAUAUCGCUGAUGUUUCUGUCAAACAGUGUCAGCAGCGUUAUGAGGACAUGAAAAAUCGUUGUCGUGACAAUGAAUAUAUUUUCAACGCAGAAUUUAUAACUGCUGAUUGUUCAAAGGAACUUCUAAUUGACAAAUUUCGUGACCCAGAAAUGUGCUUUGAUAUCUGCAGUUGUCAGUUUGUCUGUCACUACUCAUUUGAGUCCUAUGAGCAGGCUGACAUGAUGCUCAGAAAUGCUUGUGAGAGACUGAACCCUGGAGGCUAUUUUAUUGGUACCACUCCCAAUAGCUUUGAACUGAUAAGACGCCUUGAAGUUUCAGAAACAGAAUCAUUUGGAAAUGAGAUAUAUACUGUGAAAUUUCAGAAGAAAGGAGAUUAUCCUUUAUUUGGCUGCAAAUAUGACUUCAACUUGGAAGGUGUUGUGGAUGUCCCUGAAUUCUUGGUCUAUUUUCCAUUGCUAAAUGAAAUGGCAAAGAAGUACAAUAUGAAACUAGUCUACAAAAAAACAUUUCUGGAAUUCUAUGAAGAAAAGGUUAAGAACAGUGAAAAUAAAAUGCUGUUAAAACGAAUGCAGGCCCUGGAGCCAUAUCCUGCAAACGAGAAUUCCAAACUUGCUUCUGAGAAGGUGGAUGACUAUGAACAUGCAGCAGAUUACAUGAAAACCAGUCAAGUAAGGUUACCUUUGGGAACCUUAAGUAAGUCAGAGUGGGAAGCCACAAGUAUUUACUUGGUCUUUGCAUUUGAGAAGCAGCAGUGAGCACAUAUACAGUAGCCCCAGGACAGCUGUGGCCUGUCUUGUACAGAUUUGCGUGAUCCAUCCUAGAUUUGACAACUUCCUGUUUGUUUGUUUUAAUUAGUCUAAAUGUGCAGGACGCUGCCGGAAACUCCAGUGUAUAAAUUCAACAUUUGCUGUCUGUGACAGAUGAACUUUUGUGUGUGUAUAUAAGAAUGAGUCGGGACCUUUGUCUUUAAAAGUCUAUUUUUAAGUAAUGUUCUAAGAAUUCCAUUUGCCUCUCUACUCUCUUAGCGCAUAAAAAUUAUAAUAUGACUUGUUAAAGCUGCUGGACCCUUUCCACAGUGCUCUGAUUUGUUUAAUGUUUGUUUAUAGUAUUAAAUUUAUUGUAGUUGUAGAAUUGAUGAGGGAGCAUACUGGUUUGCCGGGAGUGUGUGCUCAUUUCUGUUUUGAUGUAUAGUGUUUUUCAAGAUUAAAUGGAUUGUGUUCUGUACAACUGAAUAUGUUCAGUAUACAUCGCUAAAGUUACAAGUUUAAAACAAAAUUGUAGAUGCUCAUAAAGUUAUUUACCUAGAAUUGUACCCAGUUAUUACAUUUCACUGUAAAUACUGUUUGCUAAUACGAUCUAAUUUUGGAACUGGUUGGAACGUUUUAGAUGCCAGCAUAAAAUUGUUUUGGACUUUAGGGGCUUUAUCUUAAGAAUUUCCUUCCAUAACAAUUAAUGCUUCUUGUUAUCAAGAAUGUAUUUAGACACAUUUCCCUUUCUUCAUUUAACAAAAAUGCCAUAGCUGUUUUUCUCAAAAUUUAAUGAACCUGUCCCAUGUGAACCUGUUGCACAUUUUCCUCAGACUUACGUAUGAAACUGCAAUAGGAGGAUGUGACUAAAGGGAACUGACAAGCAGACUUCAGAUUAAUUCUCCCUGAUGUCAGAGAGGAUACUGGCACUGUGUGCUGUCUAGAUUUGUUACUCCCCUUCAGCCCAGAGAGAAGCAGUACCGGUUCUUCUAUUACAACGUUGUACUUUGAACAGUAGGGUCCAGCAUCUCAUCACCAUUCAGAAUUUGCAUUUGCCAUUUCAGAACCGUUACUAUUUUCAGCCCUGGCUUCUUGCUUGACUCCUCUUCCAACAGACACCUAGGUGAACUGUUGUCUUUACUUUACAUCACUGUUUAAAAAACUUGCCAGUGUUUAGAUGUAGUGAAAAACUUACAGAGAACAAAGCAGAGCAAUUGUGUAUUCUUUUAAAAAUCAUUUAUUUAAUGCAUAGGUCUAAAGACAUUACUUUCUAUAACUAUCCAGAGUACUUGUUUAAAAGGUAAAGUUUCUUAAUUUGUUUAUAUAUGUAGAUUAUUCAUGGUGUUGGAGUAACAGACCUUUUAACAAGAGAACACGGGUUACCUAAUUUCUGUUCCUUGUGCAAUCUGUCAACCUCCAAACUGUUACCGGUUUACAAAAAUGAAGUCUUUUUGCCUUAUGUGGUGGUUUGCCAUAAGUCAUUUGGAGAAAUAAAUAAUAGUACUUCUGACUGUGGUGACUGCCAUUAACUAACAAAGUUUUGGUAAUGGUGCUGGGGAGGUAGGGAUGGUGAGCUCUUAGUGUACAUAUCCAGGUUCAUUUUAAUUCUGGGGCAGGUACCAGAAAAUGUUUUGAUAGUUUGAUAGAGGAUGUAAAGCUUUUUUAUCAUUUCCUAUCAUCAUUUUCAUUUAAUGGUCUUAGUUAAUUCUAAGCAAGUAAUAAGACAUUUUUAGCCUCCUGCUCUUUAGGAUCCCACUGAAGGAUGGAGUGUUUGAUGGUGAUACAAAGCAGAAAAGGAAGGUGGAGUCCCUGGAGCCUUCACUGAAGGGGUAGAAAGGAGAAAAGAAAACACGAGCGUAUUGAGCAGAUCUCUUCAGUCUGAGCAAGUAAGCUGUUGUGUGUGCAGGAGGCUUGCAGAGCCAUACCAGGAGGAUGCAGAGUUCUAGUGUUUCCCUUGCCCCUGAGCUCUGUUGGUCUCAUGGCUGCGUCUGCUCUUCCCCCCAUUCCCUGAUGCGUUCCUGCUGCAGCUAAGUGUCUGGGCAGUGACUCAGGGAUAACUGUUAAGAAAAGGUGGAUCCUGCCCAUCAUCUCCCAUCACCACGGUAAAAGCUGGGAGGACUUAGCACCCUUCCCCCCCACCCCCACAUACCCACAGUCUGAAAGUUUGGGGAUUUUCCAUUCAAGACUUGUAACUUAUGAAGAGGACAUGGCUCUUCACUGUCAGGUCAGUGAUGUGUGAGUAGUUGUGGGAAUGACUAUAGGCACUCCAAUUUGUCCUCCAAGGAUGAAAGUGAAAUGAUCAAACCAGCCAUUUGUGAGAGGACACAACCUAAGGAUUGGGAGGAUUGGUCAGGGAACAUGGCUGGAUUUUGGCAUAACAAGAAUACUCAGGUUGAAGUCUUUGGGCCUAGAAUACACUAAAGGAGAGGUACUGUGUAGCCACAGUAUUCAGGGAGACAAACCGACCAUUUCCAGCUGCAUCCAACGCGAAGGGGUCCUAACCUGUACACUAUAGCCAUCUGCGGGUAAUGAUUGCUCUUCCAGUUCCCACCAAGCCUCUGGUUCCAGUGUUACUCCCCAAAGAAAUUUGACUUCUGUUAAGUAGUAUGCAUGAUGACUCUGAAAGGUAGAUUACCAGUACAGAGUUUCCUAGCCUCCCUGGUCCCCAAACUUGGAAAUUGAGGAAAUGUGAUUGCUAUUUAAAUUAUGAUAGCAUUGAUAGGCAUCAGAGCAGAGGUGUACCAAGUGACGGGCUAUGAGACGGUGCAAUGUUGGUCAGCAGUGGAGAUGCAGAAAAAGCAUUGUCCACUAUCGGAGGUCCAGAUUUCCAGUCUCAUUAGUUCUUCUGGGGAUGUGUUCUUUGGCCUGUUUAUUGCAACUAAGUUAUUUUUUGGUAGAUCUUCAAGUAUCUUUCUACUGAAGAUUUGGCUUCUUCUGUAGGUCUGCCUAAGAGGAAAUGCCAGUGUGAAUAUUCUACCGACUGAUUAUUAUUUUGCAUUGUGAUAAACUGACUUUUUGUUGUCUACCUCAGGCUUUGUAUGUAUUGUGAGCCAGUCACUGCCAACACUUCUGCAUCUUCAAAGUAAAGGCCAGAUCCAGAACCCAGGGCCCUAAAUAAAAGUUGUACUAAAAUGUCUGUGGUGUUUACUGGCCCUUUAGUCAAAUAGGAAGUAUAGGUAUAUGGAAUCACCACCUCCCUAGAUGCUGUUAGGUCAGAACUACACACCUCAUUUCUCACCCUCUGACAGAGCAACAUUCCUGAUUCCUUGAAGGCAGUCAGUGCAGAAGCUCCUACACUUAUUUAUUUAUAGAUAUAUGUGACUAGGCUGGGGGGACAGCCAGCUCUUCACCUUCUCAAUUUCUCCUCUGCUCCCAUGUGGCCCUGAAGCAUGGGUACCUGCUCCUCACUGCAGUACUAAGCAAGUGUGGGAUGCCCAAGGAAUGCCCUCCUCAGUUUGGGGAGAUUUUUGGGUUAACCCCAAAGCCCUCAUCUCUAGAUUCAUCCCAAGCCAUGCUUGGGGACAGCAUACCUUGGAUAAAGCCAGGUUGACAACCAACAUUUAUUGGGUCAGUUAUUUUUCUAAAUCUUUUAUAUGUGUUAAUUCAUUUUGAUUCUAAUAAUGAUUUGAAGUAAGCACUAAUCCCUAUUUUAAUAAUGAAACUGAGGCACAGAGAAGGUACAAAUUUGCCCAAGGGAGAGCCAAGAUUUGAGCACCCAUAUUCCUCAAGUCCAGCCUGCACCCCAAUCUCCAGGGGUGUUAACAAAGACCCAGAUGACUUCUCACCCGUGCACUACCCACAACUUGAAAUGUUAACUGGUUGGUGCUCCAACCUUUUGGUUCAAACCUUUGAUAUUUAAGUGUUCCCUGAGAGGAGCAUUUAUCUGAGUAAGAGGAUUUGGGGCAGAGAGAGCAGAAGAGCAUUUGAGUGUCCUAGGGGAGGAGGGUAAAAAGUGAAUAAUCAACAGGCAGGAGGGCAAAGAUCAACUUGGACUUCAUAUUUUGGUAGACUUGCUCCUUUAGCAACCAGCUCUGUAGCAAAUCUAGUUUAGUCUGCAUGUUAGGGAAUGGGGGAUGGUUCUUUUCCCACCCUCAUCAUUUGGAAGUGGCAGGAGGUGGUAGCAUAAGUGUGAGAGAGUGUAACCAAAGGGAGAGGUCAAGAGAAAGAAUCACUUCAGUCUGAGUUGAUUAAGCAGAGGCAAAUCAUUUUGUUUUAAAAUUUUUAAGUGAAAUGUAACAUAUACCAGUCGAUUUUUCACAAAUGGAACACAAAUACAGUCAUCACUUAAAUCAACAAACUGUUACCACCAACCCAGAUGGCCCCUCAUGUUCCCUUCCAGGUACUACCUCCCCAAGCGUAACCACUAUCUGACUUCUAAGAACAUAGAGUAGAUUCGUCUGUUUUUGGACAUCAUAUAAAUGGAAUCAAAUAGUAUGUAUUCUCUUAUAUCUGGCUUAUUUGCUCUACAUUAUGUUUGUAAGAUUUUUGUUGCAUGUAUUUAUAUGUGGUUCCUUCUGUCUGUAUAGUACUCCAUUGUGUAAAUAAACCACAUAUUUAUCCAA